GUGUAGUUGUUAAAAAAAUUCUAGCCAUCUGAAAAGAUUCAAAUACUAUAAUGAAGCGUUCUCCUUAUUUAAAGCUUCCUUCAUUAAUAUUCAACUCCCUUGUGGAACUACAAGAUGGUCUAAAUGCUAUGAUUGAUCGUUCAUGGAGAAAUGUUAGAACUCCUGACAACUGGAGUCUUGCCAUCACUAUGGAGACCGCGGAAUUGAUUGACUCAUACCCAUGGAAAUGGUGGAAAAAUAUCUCCUCAGAGCCUGACUUUAAUAACAUUCGUAUUGAGUUAGUUGAUAUAUUUCACUUUUCACUUUCUGGUGCAAUGAUGAUGAAAUCUAUUGUUGAUGAUAAAAUUUCUAUGGUGACAAAAAAAAAUCUUGCGGAUUCAUUUACACCUUUUGAGUCUAAGUCUGGUGUCUAUACAACAGCAGUUGAUGGAAUGAUUUUUCUUCCUUUAAGCAAUAUUGAAAACGCAUUAGCGUCCUUUCGAAAUAUAAUUCACCUCGCUAAUAUAUAUCGCUUUGAAAUUAUCACCGAAGCUGUUAUAUGUGCCGCACAUGAUUUAAACAUGAAUCUUGUUGCAUAUUACAUAGCAAAGCAUACCUUAAAUUACAUUCGACAGCUUAAUGGUUACAAGAGCGGGUUAUACGUGAAGGUAAAAAAUGAUGUAGAGGAUAAUGUCAUUUUACACAGUUGUAUUAAGGGUUUGACAAUUGAUGAAACACUGAAUGAAGAUAAGUAUGUCGAGGUCUGGAACAGUAUCAUGUGCAAGGUUUAUGAUUCCUUUAAUGUUUCAUUGGAAGACAGGAGGGAUAUUCAAUAUUGGGUAACCCUUGCUAAGAAUCAAGACUCCUCAUGAUUUAAGGAUAGUACAAAUAAAUAUACAUUAAAGUAUUUAAAGCUCUCUACUUCUGUCUCUACUCCUUUUCGGUUAGCAAAUUUUUCACAAAAUGAUUUCAGUAGAAACUAUUACAACAUUUUUUUUACUAUCAUAAUGGGAAUAGCAGUCACAUUACUUUAUUCUGGUUUAAUUAUUGUAUCUAGACACCAUAGCAAGGUGAUCAUCAUGUCAAGCAUAGAAUAAUAAAUUAUCUAAUAGUUUAUUAAAAUUUUUAUUUGAUCAAGUUAUGGCGUUGAGUAAAUAUGCAUAUAUGCCUUUGUAUAUUUCUGAAUU